GGAACAAUCUUGAAACAAACUCUCUAAACACUCAAUCACACAAGUGUUUUCCUCUCAAUCUCUGAGCAAGCACUUUUCCAACAGUUGUGCUUCUCAAUAUAGUUCCUCAAAUCCAACUUUCACAACCUUUCUCAAUACUUAAUCUUGAUUUCCACACUUGAGUUAUCUCUUCUAAUAUAGUGUUUCUCUUGUUUCAUCUGCAUUUUUCUCUGCACUAACCAGUGGAGUGAAGUUGUCAUUUUAUAGAUCAAUGACUGAAAUAACACUUAAGUUAAUGGGGUUGUUAUGACAGUUGUGAACCAAACAAUCCACUAAUAGAAUUAGUUGAGAUUUGAAGAAACUACUCCCACACAUGUCAAUUGCUCCACAUUAAUUUCCUCCUCAUUUUAUAUUUCACGUUUUCUAAUCUAUGUUUAGCAGGUGAAUCCUCUUGUAACCUCUAGGUCACCGCCUGCCUUUUGUGCCAAUUCUCUCGAAUGCAGGUUCAUAUAUUUAGAAAGAUACUUUUCAGCGCACUAGUUAUAGUUUCAUAAUUCUGGUCGUCAUUAUUGUGGCCACCAGAUCACUGCAAGCAAGCAUAACUACAGAUUCCAUUAGGCGCAUUUGCUCAGAUAUGGUGAUAGCGGCUCAUGCUGAUAGGAUACAUGCUACAGAUGUCAAUGAACAAAAAGGGAUGGUGUUAUCUCGCAGAGUAGAGGCAUUAUCUUCUGAUGAGAAUGUUACCAUGUUGAGCAAAGAUACAGCUUCCCCAGAUGGAAAUCAUAAGUGGAUCCCUAAUGCAAAAGUCUAUAUGGAGCAGGAGAAGAUUGUCUUGACAAGCUUUCGAGAUUUUCUUAAGAAGAUUAUCUCUUGCAAACAUGAAACCUGGGGCUUCGACAGGGGAUCGAUGUGACCAUGUAGGCAGCCGAUAAUAAAAAGAGGCAAACUGAACCGUUGAAUCUAAGAAGCACAACGUUUCUGUAAAAAAAAAUCUCCAAUUUAAUAACAAUGAAUGGAC